CAUUGAGGGAGAUUGAAAAGGUUCUCUGUGGAAACCGUUGCUGCCCCAGAGAACGAGGACAUCACAAGAUGAUUGGAAUUGAAACGGAAGGAGCACGGGUUGAAGUGGUGGCAGCGGUGAACCAGCUAAACAGGCAUCUGGAACAAGAACCCAAGUAUCAGCCCCGGAUCAGCGGCUUGAAGGCCAUUGAAUCAGCACAUGAAAAUGGGAUCCGAAUGACCGUGCGACUGAGAGACCUUGAAAUCAAGGAUCUCCUCAGCCUCUCCCAGUUCUUUGGCUUCAGCACCGAUACCUUUGUCUUGGCCGUAUCACUGCUUGACCGAUUCCUGGGUCUAAUGAAGGUCCAGCCGAAACACUUGUGUUGUGUUGGGCUGUGCUGUAUGUACCUGGCUGUGAAGAGCGUCGAAGAGGUACGCACUAUUCCACGGGUCAGCGAAUUGAUUGGAAUCAGUCAGUGCAGAUUCACGGUGUCGGAUAUGAAGAGGAUGGAGGAUAUUAUUCUGGACAAGCUGCACUGGAGGCUGAAGGGUCCGACUGCCUUGAACUUUCUGCGAUUGUUCCACGAGCUUGUCCAGAACUGUUCCACAUCUGACAGGAAGGAGAUACUGAAUCUUGAGCGACUCGAAUCCCAACUCAAAGCUUGUAGUUGUCGCUUUAUCUUCUCCAAGACAAAAGGGUCUGUCUUGGCCCUGUCGAUCCUGGCGCUGGAGGUCCAAACUCAAGGGUUGCUCGAAGUAAACAAGACUGUGGAGAGCCUGCGGCUUCACUCCAAAAUAAGCGAUCCUGAUUUAUUCUACUGGAAGGAACUUGUUGCAAAGUGUUUAGCGGAGUAUUCGUCAACCGCGUGCUCCAGGCCAAGUCACAAAAAACUGAUGUGGAUUGUUUCCAGGCGCACAUCUAGGCAGCUUAAGAGUUGCCAUCGUAUUACUCCCCUCCCGACGAUCCCUGAAGCCGCUGCUUGCACUGAGCCAGAAACUUAAUGAUUGCUCACCGAAAAGAUAGAUCUUUGUCACAUCAAAACACUACCAGUGAACUGAUUUUGUUCCAUCUUCAAAACGAGUGCCUUUGUCUACAUGGGCUGCAACAUGGAGUGAACCAUUGUGUGUUGUGUGAUUCUGGGAAAAUAACACUGGCAGAUUU